AUGUCUGCAAAACCUUCAGCCCCAGGGCUCAACGUGAUUGCUCUGAUCUCAGGCGGAAAAGAUUCCCUCUACUCGAUCCUUCACUGCAUCCGCAACGGGCACAAAGUGGUCGCGUUAGCCAACCUCUACCCAGAAUCGCAGAAUAAGACCAAGACAAAUCCAAAAUCCGAAUAUGCCGACGAAGAAGAAGAAGACAUCGACAGUUUUAUGUAUCAAACAAUCGGCCACAGCAUAAUCCCUCUCUACGAAACAGCCCUCCAAAUACCCCUCUACCGCCAACCCAUCACAGGCGGAGCAGUCGAUACAUCCCGCAUCUAUGGGACCAAAACAACCGAUAAAGAUGAGACCGAAUCUCUGGUCCCGCUUCUUACCCGCAUAAAACAAGCCCAUCCAGAAGCAAACGCCGUCUCUGUAGGCGCCAUCCUCUCUACAUAUCAACGCACACGAAUCGAAAAUGUCGCUAACCGUCUGGGUCUCGUACCCCUCGCUUGGCUAUGGAUGUAUCCAUCCCUCCCUGCUCCCGCGGCUAGAUCAGCCGAUACUCUGGCAAUACGCCAGGCGGGGCUCUUGGAGGAUAUGGCAGCUGCCAGAUGCGAUGCUCGUAUUAUCAAGGUCGCCUCCGGCGGUCUGGACGAGGGCUUCCUGUGGGAGAACGUGUCUGGUGCUGGGAGUGGCGGCCGUAUGAUGCGAAGGUGUCUUGUUAAGGCUAUGAGUAGGUUUGCGGCCGCGGAAGAUAUUCGUGGUGCGGUGUUGGGUGAGGGUGGGGAGUAUGAGACGCUUGCGCUGGAUGGGCCUGGUUUCUUGUGGAAGCAUAGGAUUGAGGUUGGUAGUCGAGAGGAGAAGGUUGGGGAAGGGGGUGUUGCGUUUGUUAGGUUGAGGGGUGCUAGGUGUACGGCUAAGAGUACGUGGGAGAUUGGCGAUGGAGUUACGCCAAGUGAUAUUAGAAGGCCCGGACUGCUAGAUGCAGUUUUUGAGGGUGUGUUGGGGUCCGCAUUGGAUAUUUCGGAGACAUUUGAUGAUUCAAACUGGCGCGCGAUGACGAGUACUGCUCGGUCGCCAGAUUGGCCUGUCUGUGAGCCCGUACACCGCCUGUCUGGUUCUACAUGGACUAUUUCGAAUGUUGUUGCGCCCGAGGCUGGCCCUGGGGCAGGCGAACAGAUGAAAGGGAUUGCAGACAAGGUUGAGAAAGUGCUCAGGUCCUUUACCCGCCCCAAGUUGGGUGCUCGAUCAACCGACGACAUUGUUUUCGCUACAGUGCUGUUAAAUUCAAUGGCCGAUUUUGGAUCGAUGAAUGAUAUCUACGUCUCGCUAUUCAAGAAACCCAAUCCUCCUGCACGAGUUACAGUGGCAUGCGGAGACCGACUGCCGUCCAACGUCAAGGUAAUGGUCACAUUUGUGGUUGAUUUGGGUCCGAGGGAGCGACGCCAGGGCCUGCAUGUUCAAUCCAGGUCGUACUGGGCCCCUGCCAAUAUUGGACCAUAUUCCCAAGCGUUGUCAGUUCCGCUGCGGAACGCUAGCAGACUCGUGUAUAUUGCCGGCCAGAUUCCUCUUGAUCCUGGUUCUAUGGACUUGGCGCAAGUGGAGGGACCAGGUUCGUGGCUUGAAAACUACCGUCUUCGAGCUGUACUGUCUCUUCAGCACCUCUGGAGAAUUGGCGAAGCCAUGCAGGUAAACUGGUGGCUCGGUGCGGUGGCUUUCUUGGCUCGUGGAGAGCACGCCAAUACUCAGGCGCAAGUCGCAUGGCGCCUUUGGGAAAAAAUGCAUGCUUUGCCUGACAAUGAAGACGAGGGCGACGAUGACGGGGAUGGGCCAAAGCUCGAUGCGUGGGACAUUAAAUAUGGCCGCCAGGCAGAGGAGCUGACUGAUGCCAUUGUGCCGGGUCUGCCCAAGUUUACUGUUCUUGUUGAGUCUCACACCUCCAUCCCACCAUUCUUGGCCGUUGAAGUGGAUGAACUACCACGAGGAAGUGACAUUGAAUGGCAAGGGCUGGGAGGCCGAUGUGAGCAGAUCAAGCUGGACAUUAAGGGAGGGACAUCUUCCACCACCAUGGACAAUCAUUACAAGUAUACCAAUAUCGAGAUCGACGCGGCGUUCGCCGAAGAUGUACGACUAUUCAAUCGCUCCCCCCAUCCAUACCACAGAAGCCAGCGCCUCGGAUCAUGCACUCCGUCCGAGCACGGCGACCGUCUCCACCCACUCUCCUCCUACUCCAGAUCCUCGCGAACAACCAGUGACAGUGGCACAGAGGCAGACGAUGAAAGCACCGCUUUUUUAAGGGGAUUACCUGCCCCGCCGCCGCAUCCUCGAAAAGGCCUACGAUCUGGCGGAGUUGGUUCCACUGAUGUCGAUUACUGGCUGCAACCAUGGCCGUCAUUUGUACGGCCUAUGUUGCGACCGUCGCGGCGGAGCUCGGAGGAGGAACUAGAGGAAGAGGCCUUUGAGGAGAGACUGAGGUUCAGACGUCAGCGACGUGUGGAGGUCCUCCGGCGGUUGAUGGAGGCUGCGCUUCUGCUCUCCGUGGGUGGUGUAGUGUUGUACCAAGACAAGGCGCGCUGUCUAGCUUGGGAAUGGCGAAAGGAGAUUGCCGCCCACGGCCUUGUGGUCUUAGGUCUCUAUGCCGCCUAUCCGCUCGUUGUGCGUGCAUCGCAGGGCCGAAGCUGGCGCAUCUGGCGCAUCUGGUCUACGAAGCGGACAUAUUUCUCAAUACCCUCGAGCUUCGAUCCGGCUCCCCUUCUCUAUCCGAUCCUUAUCCCCAUUUUCGUUUCGUUAUCGCUGUCCAACCAUGUUCCGCCACUUAUCAUGCCUAAUAUCAUCCUCAGCCUAUCCUCUUUACCGGCACCUGUUAUACCGUUGCAAAACCGGACCAAUGGAUUCAAUACCCUCCAUUGGAUGAUCUCUAUGAUUCCCAUUCUCGUUGCAGAGCAUUUCUCCUUGGACCACACAGUGCCCAAACCACUGACGCUUCGCGGGCUCGACGCGGAAAUUUUAAUCCUUCUUUUCCCUUUGCAUCAAGCGUUGAUACCCACUUUAGACUUUUUGUUGACGACCAGCAUACUUCCUGCUGAGCUGCAGCUUUUGACGACUGCUUUGAUCAACUUGUACUUGUUUGCGGCCUCUCCCCAGAUGGAGAUACUCAAAGCCUUGUUAUGGCUUGGAGGCAUGUGUUUGUUUGCUUCUUGUCGACAUAUACUGCAUUGGGAGGUUUCUUUGGCCAGAAUCCCCAGCUGGAAAUUCCGCCGCUCCCCGCAUGGCUCGCACUUUUUCCGCAAAUUCUUGAAUAUGAUGGACCAUCGACUUUGCGAGAAGCUGAGUAGAACGGGGCACAUUCCAUCGGACGGUGCUUCGUCGGACAGUGAUGGGCCAAACGGGUUUCCGUUUUCAAAGCCGCGGAAGAGGAAGACCAUGCGGGAGAAUCACUCUUCCCACCCACCGGCUGAACCGACAUCCGCAGUUGACAAGAUCACGACGGAAGAGAUCUUCGAGCAGCAUGCUCGAAAGGUGCGUCGACGACGCCAUACUAUAUCUACAUUCGAUGAAGUUGUUCGAGAGGAACGUAUCCGCACUACUCCUGGUGGUAGACGCAAGAAAAUGAUGGGCCCUGGUCUAGCCUCCUUCCUCUCGCUCACUUCAGCCCAGGCGCAGGUCCGAAAAUGGCUAUACGCCUUUUACGUCUAUGUUUUGACCCUGAUUAUCAUUCUUGGACCUAUCCGAAAGUAUGUGGCGGAGCACGCACUGCACGGCCAGGAUCCGUUUGGCUGGGCUAUAGGCUAUUUGUUCGGAAAUUUCCCGAAGGUUCGCUUUUGGGUGCUUAUGUUGAACCUUGAGUACUGGAUUGAACUGCCACCUCGCCAUGACGCUGAAAUUCUGAGUGCUUCCUGCUUCCUCGGAUCGGUGGAACAUAUUCGCCAGGUUACCUUUGGCGCCGCGAUCACCCGCCUUCUGCUCAGUGGAUACUGCGUGUUGGUGCUACUGACAGGCCUAGCCAUUGUUGUUAAACUCACCUCUGUUGCAGAGGUUGAUACGCGCCGUAAGAUUUUCCACGGCAUGAUGGUGGUUAUGUUCCUUCCCGCUAUAUUUGUGGAUCCAGCCUUCUGCGCCAUGGCAUUAGCUUUGGUUCUCUCCAUUUUCCUUCUAUUGGACCUGUUCCGCGCGUCUCAGCUACCUCCAAUUUCACGGCCACUCACCUACUUUCUGGCCCCGUAUGUUGACGGCCGUGAUCACCGUGGCCCGGUCAUCAUCUCACACAUUUUCUUGUUAAUUGGAUGCUCGAUACCCCUUUGGCUGUCACUUUCGGAUCUUCCUCGGACUGGCCUGGGCCCCUGGGCUGGAUGGGAGAUCCCAUCACGAGAUGUGAGUAUGACCAGCGGAGUUAUCUGUGUUGGCAUGGGCGAUGCGGCCGCAUCACUUGUUGGCCGACGGUACGGUAGACUGAAAUGGUUUUGGGGUGGUGGAAAAUCACUAGAAGGCAGUGUUGCUUUUGUCGCAGCUGUGACCUGCGGGCUGAUCGCGGUUCGUGCCUGGUUGGUGCUCGGUGGUUGGCCCGUGUCUGGGGUCGAACUAGCCAAAGGCGCAGCUUUCUCCGCUCACUUCUGGGCCUUGACUGUGCUUAAGGCGGUUCUGGCGGCAGCCGGCACGAGCGCCACCGAGGCGAUCCUCACUGGUUGUAAUGACAACGUCGUGGUCCCAGUGGUGUUAUGGCUGCUAGUGCGGGGUCUUGGAGUUUGA